AUGCAACGAUUAACGAGAUCUCUCCCCACGACAAGGAAGCAAGUCGUUCGAGUACCUAGAAUAUCACGUCUCACAGUCUCGAAUCCUGCCAUCGCUUCCCAACAUGACCACCUGCGUACUGUCCAUCACACCCUCCAGAGCGCCGGCGUUCUGCAAAUCCAACUCGGCUUCCCCGACGACGAAAGCACUUACCUUCACAAACUAUUAUUGAAUUUGCACCAACACCACGGCCAUGGACUACCGAUCACACACAGUGCAAAUCGAGGUUGGAUGUGGGACAUUCGGCCCAGCCCCGAAAGCUUCCAGAGCAACAAUACUCAAGCUCGAUCUGAGACCAUGGAAGAAUUCCCCUGGCACACAGAUUGCAGCUAUGAGAGCUCUCCACCGCAAUACUUCGCUCUCCAAGUUCUUCAGCCAGAUCGAUGUGGGGGCGGUACAUUAUCUAUCUUGAAUGUCGACGAAUUGCUCACACUUCUCUCACCUUCCACCCUCGAGACCCUCUUCAGCCCCAAUUUUCAGAUCACUGUCCCACCCGAGUUCGUCAAAAGUCAGGCAGAUACACAGAUCGUCGGUGGCCUGCUGGCAAUUAGCCCCGAGACGAACGCCAUCAAGCUCCGCUUCCGAGAGGACAUUGUUGUGCCGCUCACACAUCAGGCAUCUGAAGCGCUAGCUGAACUGAAAUCCGUCCUAUUGGGCCCAGCAGCCCAUUCCCGAAUACUCAACUUGAGAGCCAAGAAUCUCCCGCGUGGGUCUAUCAUCUUGAUGGACAAUGGACGCUGGCUCCACGCACGGAACGAAGUCAAGGAUCCAGAUCGACAUUUGCGACGAGUGCGUUGGGACGCUCGGCAAUUUGCCAGACCUUCUGCUGCUCAUCUAGGUUUGUAA